UCUCUCUCCUUGCUCUUCUUCCUAAAAUUGAAAGAGCAAUCGGUUAAGUAACAGCCAAAAACCUUGCAAUCGCCUUCUUGCUCCUCUCCCUUGCUCCCUUGCUCGGUUUCUGCCUCUCUCGCCGCUGCCUCGCCUCCGUUAUCCCCUUUGCCGUCGUAGCCUCGCGUCCAGCCCUCCAUCGCGGCAUUGCGGUUUUCCAUCUCGGCGUUGCAGUCGGCGGUCGCAGCCUUCUCCACGUUGCAGGCGGCGUUGCAGUCGGCGGUCGCAGCCCUCGCUCGCCGUCGCUCGCAGCGUCGCCUCGGCUCCUCCACCCUCCAUCACCUUCUUCCCUUCGCACCUGCAGAUCCGCCUCCGACCAUGCCCAUCGCAGAGCUCUUUCUUGGCGCCUUCCUUUCGACGCUCUUCGAAAGGUUGGCCUCUCAAGAGGUUCUCAAAUUUGCGCGGCGCGUGGGUAUAGAUACGCUGCUGGAGAAAUGGGAGAAGAUGCUGAUUAGCAUCAACAAGGUGUUGGAUGAUGCAGAGGAUAGGCAACUCACCGACGAUCUUGAUGUGAAGUCGUGGCUUAAAGAUCUCAGGAACUUGGUCUACGACAUCGAAGACUUGCUUGACGAGUUUGCCAUGGAGUCCAUGGAAAAUAAGGCCAACGCAGAACCUGGCACUAGCAAGGCAGGUUCCCUUCUUCCUAGUUGUUGCUUUACAUUGAGCCCAAAAGCAUUUAUGUUCGAUCGUAAAAUGAGAUCCAAGAUAGAAGAGAUGGAUGGCAGAUUAAAGGAUAUCAUCACUCAGAAAGAUACUUUGAGCUUGAGAGAGAACAACGGGAACAGAGCGGCAUACCGAGGAGUGGAUAAGCCGCUUCACACUACAAGUUUGCCCGAGCCUUGUUUUGUUAGCAGGGAGGUUGAAAAAAUGGAGAUCCUUGAAUUGUUGAUUGGUGAAGAAGAAGGUGAUAGGACAUGUGCAGAUCUAAAAGUGAUUCCCAUUGUGGGGAUGGGGGAUAUUGGGAAGACUGCUUUGGCUCAGCAAGUUUACAAUGAUGCUAGAGUUACCAACUAUUUCGAUGUGAAAGCAUGGGCUUGCGUUUCCAAUGAUUUCGACAUGCUUGCUAUUACAAAGAAGAUCCUUGAGACAGUGAAUGGCCAUUUGCUCUGUGAAGGAAAGGACCUAAAUUGGCUUCAUGUUAAGCUCAAGGAACACCUUGCGGGGAAGAAGUUUCUUGUCAUUCUAGAUGAUGUUUGGAAUGAGAAUUAUGGAGAAUGGACUAUCCUCUUGAAGCCUUUUCAAUCAGGAGUGAAGGGAAGCAAGGUUAUUGUCACGACUCGUAAUUUUCAUGUUGCUGAAAUAGCGCGUGCUCGACCCUAUAUUCUCAAAGAGUUGUCGCAAGAUUCUUGUAUGGCUUUGUUUGCAUUUCAUGCUUUUGGAGUUGGAAAUUUCGAUCAUCAUCCAAGUCUUGAAGGGUUAGGCAUGAAAAUAGUGGAAAAAUGUCAAGGGUUGCCAUUAGCUGUGAAGACUUUGGCUGGAUUACUGAGCUUUAAAGUCAGUCCCCAUGAAUGGAAAGCUAUAUUGGAUAGCAAAGUUUGGGACCUACCCAAAGAACGUAGUGACAUCCUUCCGGCCUUGAAACUUAGCUACCUCCAUCUCCCUUCGAAUUUGAGAAGAUGUUUCGCUUACUGUGCUAUAUAUCCCAAGGAUUAUGAAAUUGAACGAGCCGAGUUGAUUCACUGGUGGAUUGCGGAGGGCUUGUUGGAAGGAAAAGAAAGAAAGAACUGUUGGAAUGCAGGUUUGAAAUUUUUCGACGAGCUAGUUUCUACAUCGUUACUUCAAAAGUUGAGUCGUGGUGAAUCAUACUUCUUGAUGCAUGAUCUUGUGCAUGACCUCGCAAAGCUAGUUGCUGGUACAACUUGUUUUAGCUCAGGAGAGUUUGAGUAUGAAGGCUAUCAAAAUAAUGCAUCUUUAGCUCGUCAUGCCUCAUUCAUUAGUAGUAGUCACAUUGUGGGAAGAAGAUUCAAGAUAUAUCAUGAAAUGAAGGGACUUAGGAGCUUCAUAUCGAUGGCGAAGGGACUUACGUAUUAUGAUAAGCCUUAUUUGUCUAAGAAAGUGUUAGGCGACUUGUUAUCCAAAUUGAAGUACUUGAGGGUGCUUUCAUUAUGUCGCUAUUGCAUCAGAGAGGUACCGGAUUGCAUUGGCAAACUAAGGCACCUAAGGUCCCUCAAUUUGUCGUAUACUAACAUUGAAACCCUUCCAAAGUCAAUUGUUGCAUUGUACUAUCUAGAGGCCUUGAUGUUGCGGGGAUGUCAAAACCUUAUUGAAUUACCAGAAGGUAUGGAGAAGCUGAUCAAUCUAAAAUUUCUCGACUUCACCGACACUCCAAGCCUAAGAGCGAUGCUGCCACAUAUAGGUAAUUUGGCGUGUCUUGAGAUUUUGUCCAAAUUUGUAGUGGGAACAGAAGCAGGGUCGAGAUUGAAGGAGUUAAAAAACCUAGAGAACGUUGGAGGGGAAUUGUGCAUCUCUAAUUUGCAUAAGGUUCAAGAAGUCGAAGAUGCCACAGAUGCCAAUUUACGCAUGAAGGAGGGAAUAUGCCAAUUGACCAUGCAAUGGUGCAAAGAUUUUGGAAAUUUCCGAAAUGAAGAGCUUGAAGCAAAAGUCUUAGACUUUCUUUGCCCUCACCCAAACCUUGUAAGUUUCACAAUAUCCUACUAUGGUGGCCUAGAAUUCCCGUCAUGGUUAGGAAGUCCCUCAUACGUUAACAUGAUGCAUUUACGUUUAGAUGGGUGUUGUCGGGCCAAAGCACUAGCCUCAUUGGGACAACUAUCUUCUCUAAAAGAACUAUAUAUCAAAGGUCUAAAUGCAAUAUGCACGGUAGGGUCUGAAUUUUAUGGAACUAAAAGUCCUUUUCCAUCCUUAAUUACUUUGGAAUUCAAGGACAUGCGAUCGUGGGAGGAUUGGUCUCAUUGCUUCGACAAUGAAGAAGUAGGAGUUUUAUUUCCUUGUCUUGAGCAUCUAGUCAUUUGGGAUUGCCCUAUAUUGAUUGGAAGAUUGCCUAGUCAACUAAGCUCCCUCAAAAAGCUGGAAAUCAACUCUUGUCCACUUAUGGAUGCCUCGUCCUCUAUCAUUAGCCUUCCAUCCCUCAAUAAAUUAAAAUUCAGAGGUUGUAAUGAGGGCGUGCUGAAGAGUUUGGUAAACUUGACAUCUCUAACCUCUCUUGUUAUACAAGAUGUUGUGGAAUUAACCUGCUUAAAUGAUAGGUUUACAAGCUCCUUGGUCAAGCUAGAGAAGUUGAAGAUGAAAAGUUGUAAAAAGUUGAUGUACUUGUGGCAAGAGAGAAAUGUAAUUCAGAAUCUCGCUUGUCUGAAGAGGUUAGUUGUCAAAAGUUGUCCUGAAUUGAUAUCAUUUUCAGUUGGAGAAGGAGAUAUAGAGUUGUCUAGCAAGCCGGAGACUAUGGACUCCCGAAAUUGCAUCAAUUUGGAGAGGCAUCCAAGCGAGAUUUACACUAUUUCCUCUCUUCAAGAGUUGACCAUCAAGAAAUGUCCAAAACUCAAGAUUUCUUUGCCUAGAGGAUUAAGUGUUCAUAUAAAUGAAUCAAGCAGCAACAGCAAUAAUCCUGGUGACAUGACGUCUUGUUUGCAAGAAUUAGAAAUCGACGGAUGCGGUUCUCUACCAGCCUCUCCAUUUAGUGAGAGUAGAUAUCUAUCUACGACCCUCAAGACACUUCAAAUUUGGUCGUGUAUGGGAGUGGAGUCACUUGCAAAGAUACCUGUAGACCGUCUUCAAUCACUUCGAUCGAUCGGUAUUGGCUAUUGCGAUAACUUGAGAAGCUUACCGCAGGGGCUGUACACACUUUUACAUCUCACUGAGUUGUGGUUGUCGAAUUGUCCGGCAUUGGAGCUGGAGUGCUUCCCUCCUCUUCCUCCCGGCAUCUUGAGGUUUGAGCUUAACAAUUGUCCGAAGAUAAAAUCGUUACCUAAUCAGUUGCAUCGACUCACGAGUCUCCAACGUCUGGAAAUUAGGGAGUGUGAGAGUAUUAUGCGCUUCCCCGAUGGAGGAUUGCCACCCCAGUUACAGGAACUUAGGGUGAAUGGAUGCGAGAAUAUGAAGCAGCCAGUGAGGGAGUGGCUCACCCCUCUCACCUCCCUUCAAGAUCUGGACAUUGACAGCUGUGCGGGACGAGUGGGAGAGGAGAAGCGUCUCGUGCUUCCGCUCCCUUCCUCUCUGCUCAAUCUUUCUAUCAGUUGUAUGAAGAAAGUGGAAACACUGUCCAGCAGUCUCCCCCCCUCUCUCCUCAAGUUACAAAUCUUCAUUUGCCCGAAGCUGAGGGAGUUGCCCCAGGAUGGCCUCCCUCCCUCCUUAGAAGACCUCUGGAUCGCAAGAUGUAGGAUUCUGGAGAAGCGAUGCAAGGAAGGGACCGGCUGCUAUUGGCCCCUCAUCCGCGAAAUCCCAAAAGUCAUAUUGGGCUUUGACUACAACAAGUCAGUUACUUGAAAAAAAGGGAUUUUAUUUUAUUUAUUUAUUUUUUUUGGUGAAGAAAAGGGGGGAUUCAGACUCUGAAUAUUCUACAUGGAAGAGAUUAGGGUAUUUUUAAUAUUUGAGCCUCGGCUCUUUUUGAUCUUCGGGUAAAGAUUGAGCAGAGAGGAAGGGGUGGACGCCCUUGACUUUGUGGAAGCAGCAUUUUCUGCGCCCGACAUAUUCAGGUGAUUGCAUUCAAACCUGUAAUUGAGGGAAACACUUGUAAUAUAGCUGAUCAGAGUGGUUCGGGAAAAAUGCUGGCUUAUCUUGCACCAACAGUCCAACAUCUCAGGCAAGAAGAGCUGAAGGACUCAGCAAAUCAUUCUCACGAAGCCCUCCACUUGUCAUUUUGGUGCCAUCUGUCGAGUUCGCUUCACAUGUUGGCGGUUUUGAGUAACUGCUGAUUCAUAUUGAAGUUUGGGGAUCCAUUCUGGUCUAUGGUUGCCACGGGCGGUUUCAGGAAGAAAACUCAGCUGGAAAAUAUUGAAGGUCUUGAUGCCUAAUAGCCACACCCAGUCGCUUUAUUUUUCUCGUUAAAGAGGGCUUUUUGGAGUUGAAAGAUCUUGGAUGAUUGUUUUGCAACUGCUGCUAUAAUUUAUGGCUUUUCGAUGCAGCGUGAUUUUGGAUGAGGUGGAAAUUCUCUGCAAUGAUGAGGAGUUUGAAGCAGCCUUUCGAAGCAUAAUCAAUUCUUUUCCUGUCGCCACACAGGUAGAUAAAAUAGUUGAAAUUCUUCCCUGACUGUGAAGUGAUCAUGGGACCUGGCAUUCAUCGGACAUGCCCUCACCUCAAAGAG